UUUUAGUCUAUUUAUUUUCUGGUUAUCGCGUUGAUUUAGAACGUUGUCUACCGGAGGAUGUGUUUGUUUUAAUACUAAUAUAAUUAGAAAAACAUUAAAAUGGCUCUCAGGAGUAGAUUAAAUCCAAUAAUUAACAAUAUUUUCAAUGCUCAUAAAUACAUUUUAAAUGCAGACAAAGUCUCCAGCAAACCACUAGUGCUUUCUCGUAACAUUGCUGUCAUAAAACCCGAGAGAGAUUACGAUCCAAGCAAGACCAUCGAUUAUGAAGUAAGCAAGGAUGAAAACGAGUGGAAGUAUGUCGUUCGAGCUCUGCCUUUAAAAUUUAUUCCAGAGGUGGUGAAGAAAGACGCCUACCCAUCAGGCUGGAAGCCGCAGAGCGAAUCAGCAAUGAAAUUUCCCUACUACAUCAGGAGGUCGAAGAAUCACAUGAUACCCGUUUAUCUUCACUUUUCACAUAGGAACACAAGAAGAUUGACACACAUUCAUCAUAUUGCAGGUGACAUUUGGCUCUUAGAAAAGGAACUAAGGAAUUAUUUAACCUCGCUCAGAAAGUAUAAGAUUGGUAUAAGGGUCGAUGAAGUUGGGGGUAAACUUGUGAUCAGAGGAGACCAUGUAAACAAUAUCAAGAAUUGGUUAUCUGAGAAAGGAUUUUAAAUGGUUUAAUUGUGGAUAUAAUUGGUAGUUAUUUUAAAUAAAUUUUUGUCUUAACUUUUG